GGGAUUUGAAAGUGCUCAGGCUGCGGAGUGGAGCUCGCUUCUGUCCCCGCCGCCCGCGAGCGGAUUAAAUUUCUGCAAAUUCAAACUGAAUGGGGCUUUCUUCUGCUGCCUUCCAGAGGGCGCCUGCAGCCCGCCGCGCGCUCCUCUCCGGCGGGAGCGGCCCCGGGGAGCACCGCUGACGACCCUGCGGGCCAGAGGGCGGCGGCGCCUGGGCUUGGGGGACUCCGGCACCGGAUCGUACCCCUCUCGGACCAGCAGCCGUCCGCUCUCGCACCGGAGCGGGACACCAGACGGACCGCAGGCGCGAUCUGGGCGAUCGAUCCUCCGAGGACGAACUUCUCGGGGGCGGGUCCCCGGUCGCCCCGUCGCCAGCUAUUGUCUGCGCGCGGCGCUACACGGAGGCGCGGGGGGCGUGAGCGCGGAGACCCGGGCCGGGCGGGGCCAGGUCCAGGGCGGCGGCAGGAGGAGCCCGGGCAGCCCCGGGAGCCGAAGGAGGAGAGGCUUCAAGCGCGGGAGCCGAGCGAGCGCGAUGCCGGCUGCGGCCGGGGACGGGCUCUUGGGGGAGCCGGCGGCGCCGGGGGGCGACGGAGGCGCGGAGGACACGGCCAGGCCGGCGGCGGCCUGCGAGGGAAGUUUCUUGCCCGCCUGGGUGAGCGGCGUGUCCCGCGAGCGGCUCCGGGACUUCCAGCAUCACAAGCGCGUGGGCAACUACCUCAUCGGCAGCAGGAAGCUGGGAGAAGGCUCCUUCGCCAAGGUGCGCGAGGGGCUGCACGUGCUGACCGGAGAGAAGGUGGCCAUCAAAGUCAUCGAUAAGAAGAGAGCCAAAAAGGACACCUACGUUACCAAAAACCUGCGUCGAGAGGGGCAGAUCCAGCAGAUGAUCCGCCAUCCCAACAUCACGCAGCUCCUGGACAUCUUAGAGACAGAGAACAGCUACUACCUGGUCAUGGAGCUGUGUCCCGGCGGCAAUCUCAUGCACAAGAUCUAUGAAAAGAAGCGGCUAGAUGAGGCGGAGGCCCGCAGAUACAUCCGGCAGCUCAUCUCUGCCGUGGAACACCUGCACCGUGCCGGGGUGGUGCACAGAGACUUGAAGAUAGAGAAUUUGCUCCUAGAUGAAGACAAUAAUAUCAAGCUGAUUGACUUUGGUUUGAGCAACUGUGCAGGGAUCCUGGGUUACUCUGACCCAUUCAGCACACAGUGUGGCAGCCCUGCCUAUGCCGCCCCAGAACUGCUUGCCAGGAAGAAAUACGGCCCCAAAAUUGAUGUCUGGUCAAUAGGUGUGAACAUGUAUGCCAUGUUGACCGGGACCCUGCCUUUCACCGUGGAGCCUUUCAGCCUGAGGGCUCUGUACCAGAAGAUGGUGGACAAAGAAAUGAAUCCCCUCCCGACCCAGCUCUCCACAGGGGCCAUCAACUUUCUGCGCUCUCUCCUGGAACCAGACCCAGUGAAGAGGCCCAAUAUCCAGCAAGCGCUGGCAAAUCGCUGGCUAAAUGAGAAUUACACUGGGAAAGUGCCCUGCAACGUCACCUACCCUAACAGGAUUUCUCUGGAAGACCUGAGCCCCAGCGUGGUGCUGCACAUGACUGAAAAGCUGGGCUACAAGAACAGUGACGUCAUCAACACGGUGCUCUCCAACCGAGCCUGCCACAUCCUGGCCAUCUACUUCCUGUUGAACAAGAAACUUGAGCGUUAUCUGUCAGGGAAAUCGGACAUCCAAGACAGCAUCUGCUACAAGACCCAGCUCUACCAGAUAGAGAAGUGCAGAGCUACCAAGGAACCCUAUGAGGCCUCCCUGGAUACCUGGACAAAGGACUUUGAACUCCAUGCUGUGCAGGAUAAAAAGCCCAAAGAACAAGAUAAAAGAGCUGAUUUUCUUCAUCGUCCAUUUUCCAAGAAGCUGGACAAGAGCCUGCCUUCUCACAAACAGCCGUCGCCUUCACUGAUCACACAAAUCCAGAAUACCAAAGCCCUGCUCAAAGACCGGAAGGCCUCCAAGUCAGGCUUCGGCGACAAAGACUCCUUCGGCUGCCGAAAUCUUUUCCGAAAGACCUCUGAUUCCAAUUGUGUGGCCUCCUCUUCCAUGGAAUUCAUCCCUGUCCCACCUCCCAGGACACCAAGGAUUGUAAAGAAACAAGAGCCACACCAGCCAGGGCCGGGAAGUGCCAGCAUGCUCCCCAAGGAAGAGCCCCUGCUGCUGGACAUGGUUCGCUCCUUUGAGUCAGUGGACCGAGAGGACCACAUAGAACUGCUGUCCUCUUCCCACCAUUAUAGGAUCCUGAGCUCCCCUGUGAGCUUGGCGCGUAGGAAUUCUGGUGAGAGGACACUCUCCCCAGGGCUGCUGUCCGGAAGCACGUCACCUCUCCAAACGCCUCUGCAUUCCACACUGGUCUCUUUCACUCACGAAGAAAAGAACAGCCCCCCGAAAGAGGAGGGUGUGUGUUCACCACCUCCGGUCCCCAGCAAUGGCCUCAUGCAGCCUCUGGGGAGCCCCAACUGUGUGAAAAGCAGGGGAAGGUUCCCCAUGAUGGGCAUUGGACAGAUGCUCAGGAAGCGGCACCAGAGCCUGCAGCCUUCCUCAGAGAGGUCCCUGGAGGUCAGUAUGUCCCCUCUGCAGCCCACAGCCCCCUCCAGCCUCUCCUUCGACAUGGCCGAUGGUGUCAAGGGCCAGUGUUAACCUAGGAUGGCGAGAUUCUGGGUCUCUGUGAGGAAGGCUGUGGAAUGGGGUUCCACACAUGCUUCAGGGCACGAGUGAACAAGCCUAUGGGAGCAUCUUUUAUUCUUUUAUUCCUGCUACACGAUGUCCCACGCUCAUAUCAGCUAAAAUCCACAGACUCUAAGUCCACACACUCACCCAGGGACCCUGGGAGAUGCUGAGGUUCCGGGACCUGAGGUGGGUGUUGGUUGGGGGGUGGGUGGGUGUGGGAAUCACACAUUCCAGCCUGAGAUCCUCUUCGCUAUCACCAAUCACUGAGCCCUCUCCAGUAUCCCCCGUGGGCUCAGAACUAAAAACCACACCUCCAUCUGCUGGGCCGCUCCGAUCUCCAGACUGGUACCAGGCCUCCCCUCCCUCUGCUGUGUGUGCCUCUCACAGACUGCUGUGUUCAGUGGUCAGCUACAGUCUCACGGGGACCACACCAUUCGCUGUAAGAACGUUCACCCAACCUAGGGAUCCUUCCAGCGAAGGAAGCAACCCCUCUUCUCCUAACAGAGAGUCCCUGUAGGAGAGCAGGAGAGUAGAGUGGUGAGUCAAAGCGCUGGACCCGGAGGGAGAUGGGAUGGCACCUCAGACAGAGGUGGAACCCAACAGUGAAAGGUGAAGACUCCUGUGUAACACUUGGACAGAUUUUUCUUUUCUCUCUCCCCCCCCCCUUUUUUUUUUUUUUGUUGAAAUUUACUGAGGAUUGAAUGAACUUGUCCAAAGAGAUCUUUCUCUAUAUGAAGUAAUUUUUUUUUAAGACAAGGGAGGGUCUCAUUAAGUGGCCCAGGCUGACUUCAAACUCAUGAUCCUCCUGCCUCAGUCUCCAAAGUGCUGGCAUUACAAGUACAUAUCCCUGUGUCUGACUCAAAAUAGCAUUUUAAAAAACAAACAAACAAACAAAACAACUAAAUGGCCAGAUGGAAAGUAGUUUUACCAAAUUUAUGUGGUUUUUUUUGUUUUUUUGUUUUUUUUUUUUCUGAGAGGCUGCAGCUCAGACCGCCGAAAGGCUGGCUUGAGUGGUAAUGGGAGGGACAUUGGACCAUAGUGGCCUGCUUGCCUGAGGGAUGGCAGCUUAGCCAUUCUGUGUUUGUACUGUGGCAGCAGCAGAAGGCAUAGAAGUUAGCUCCAGAUGGUUCUGAGGAAAGAGAAAGGUUUCUUAAGGCAGAGUUGAGGCAGCCAGAAGCAGGCAUUCGCUGUGCUGUACCGUUCUGGCGAGGUUAGAACUUGGCUGUUCUGCUGGGGGCCAGGAGCAGGUUUGCCCCCUGGGAGCACACUAAUGGAUGGCUUCAUCUCCAAGGAAAACAGUGUCCCCCAAACAUGUUUUUCAGUCCACACCGUAUUCCUCACCUUCCCCUCCAGGAUUGAACCAAAGAUGCGUUUCCCGUUUUGUGACUGUGCCGCCCUGUGUGUCUUUUGUGGAACCCAGUGUUGUCUGAUCAUGUCCAGCUAGCACUUGAUGGAGGACUGCCUCUCUGUGGAUCCUGGGCCCUGGUACUUAGCAGGGGACGAUGAGUACCAUUGUCAGGAGGGGAAGACUUGGCACAAAUUGAACCACAGCUAGUUUAGGAGAUGGGUUUAUGGAACGGCCCAGAAUCUUUGGUGUUUGACAAUUUCAGAUGUGAUCAGAGACCUUAGCUAUAGCCAUGAAGCCGGUUUCAUCAUCUUGGUCCAUUGAUUCUCAAGUGGACAAAUUUCCGGGAAAUCACAAAGCCAGCCUUUGCCAGUGAGGAUGAGACAAAGCACCAACCGUCUCUCAUUUACUAUUGGUGGCUUCCUUUGGCCUCUCACAGCUCUGACUGGAUAAGACGAGAACACACAUUUGGCUGGCCCUGGAAUAAAGAUGCUCUCCUUUUGGGUGAUUUUGGUAAGACCUGGACUACUUAAACCCUAAGGAGGAAAUGACCCCUCCUGAGGACCCAUUAAGAGGAGGCCAGUCCUUUCUCCCAGCAGUCUGUGGUGUUCUUCAGCAUGACUUCAGUCCAGCUUCCAGGACUUACCACUGAAAAUAGAACUCUUUAAGCAGAGAGAAGAAUCAUCUACAGACUCCCUACUUGAUGUGAUAUGUUUGGGGUUUGAUGGGUGAUAACUGCCAGAUGCAGGCACGUGGCUCUGCGAGCCGGUAGGAUGUGUACCUGUGUGCUGUGCCUGCCCCCUUUCCUUUUCUUGUAGCCCCUUAUGUCUUUUUCUGGCUGUUUGCUUUUCUCACGCGUAUACAUGCCUAUGUUGGUGUUAGCUCACGGAGAAAGGGUUUCUCAUUCUUCGGACGCAUCGCAAACAGCGUCGGUUGUAGGGCUCGCUGCCUGAGUUGCCACUGGUAACUUGGACUCCGAACUCAGGUGGGUAGUGAACCUGUUGAGAGCAGGAAGGAAGACAAGCUGUGUUUUGGGGUGCACAUAAACACCUGACAGACAAGUCUUUGGAAACCGAGUGAAAGAAGAAAUGUUAAAUUCCUUGUUGUUUUAUGGUAUUUAUACGGAAAACUUGACUAUCCUUUUGUUACGUGCAGAGUGUAUUGUCUGACCCAUAACUGUCCUUCAUAAAUGAGUCCUUGCCUGUGAUUCUAGUCAGCCUGUGGCUACUGAUGGGAAUGGCCGGCCUGUCGUCAUGUGAAGUCCAGGAGGAAGAGUCUAUUUUAGUCGUACGGUUUGGUCAUAAGUAAGGACUAUAUUUAUGUCACCACUAUUGAAUAUAUGUACUUUUAUAAUGGCUGUGAAAUACACGUUUUCCUCACUAUG